AUGGGCGAGAUCGUCGGGUUGUUGGUGUACGCGAGACUAUUGGGGGCGAAGUCAGAAAAUGAGCAUCCUUUAAAUUAUGUGAUGGCACAAUGGUGGUGUCAGAGCGUGAGUGAUAAGUUCUCUACCUCGACUACAUGGCCUGUGUUUAUCAAGCCCGACAUAGAUGAGAUGGGGUACAAUGCUUGUAAGAUGUUUUGGUAUCGAAUAUUUCGUCAAGAACAGAAAAUGCCUAUCCCAUCGUUUCUCGAUCUCAUCUGUUGCACAUAUUCGAGUGAUGGUAACAUUUGGGCUGACGGGGCUCAGCGCUAA